CCUGGUCGGGAGCCGACCUGUGCCAGCACCGGCUGGAGGCUGGACAGAGCCUAUGGCACCUGUUUCUGUGACGAAGCCUGCAAGCUCACUGGGGACUGCUGCUACGAUUACCCGCAGGCAUGCCCAGCUCUUCCGUGCAUUGUCGGAGAGUGGAGUCACUGGAGUGGCUGUGCGGAGCAGUGUAAGCCUAAUUUGCGAAUGCGUAGGCGCUAUGUGAAGCAGGAACCUAAAAAUGGUGGGGAACCUUGCCCCCCACUUGAAGAAAAGUCUGGCUGCCUGGAAUACCUGACUUACCAGGGUCAGCACUGUGGACAUGAACACGUUCCUGCUUUCAUAACUACUUCUCAAUACAGUAAGGAAAGAAAAAGGCGAGCUGUCUCUCCAUUAUGGUCUUCUGAUACAGAGGAAACUGGAUAUUGUGUGGAAUUUAAAACUGAAUCACUCUCUCACCAUUGCACCAUGGAGAAUCGGCCAUACGCCCGCUGGAUGCAAUAUAUACGAGAGGGAUAUACUGUGUGUGUAGCUUGCCAGCCUCCAGCUAUGAAUACUGGCAACCAUCGUUGUUCUGGAGAUGGCCUGGGUGCUGAUGGAAAUAAAGUUCUCCGAUGGCAAGCUGUUGGUAAUCAUCGGUGCCAAGGAACAUGGAAGAAAGUUCGGCAAGUGGAACAAUGUUCCUGUCCUGUUGUGCAUAGUUUUAUUUUUACAUAAAAGUUGGAAAGAGGAUUUUGAAGAACCUCUAUGAACAUCUUUAAAAUCCAUUUAACCCUCUGUGAAGCCACAAGAAUGAUAUUUUUCUGCUGUGCUUGCUUUCUGAUUCUUAAUCAAAUUUAAAAAAAAAAAAAGACUUUGGGAAUUCUUCUGAUUGUCUGCCUUUUACAGAUAAGAAGAUGGAUCUUUCUACUGCUGAAUACACUAUGCACUACAUUCCCCCCCUUUUUAAAUUAAAAUGAUUGAAUGUCUCGAACAUGAGUAGUUUCAGUUAACUCUUCAUUGAUAACAAGGCACUCUUCACUAUCAGAGGAACAGAUCUGCCCCAUGGGAUAUAGGAACUGCAUCUCAGUUCAAAUGCUGUGUCUCUCAUCAGACAAGUCAAGGCAGCUAUAUUGUACUGAACAUAAACAUUUAAUGAAGGUGGAUUAGUACUGUAUGUAUUCCUUGUCCAAUGCAGGCAACCACCUUCAUAUAAAAAAAUUAAAGCUACUCAACUAGUUUACUUCCUUUUUUGCAUGGAAAGCCUCACUGACUUAAUACUGCUUACUUAAUACUGCUUACAAAAGGGAUUUCUUGACAUAUGAGGCUAACAAAGCAAUCGUAACCAAAUUACAGAAAAUUCUUAAUGAUAGACCGACUUGAAAAGGAGUAUUCUUUCAUAGAAACCAGUGUAAAUUUAGAUUUAUUGUUCUAUUGUCUCUGCUAUAGUGAUAUCACAGAUGAUUGACCCAUCUCAAAGAAAAAAAUGCUCAUUUUCAUUAAAAUUUUAUCUGGAUAACAGCAGUGAAGUGACAAAAUGUACUUGAACUACUAUUCACUGGCUAAAAGUUUUGAAUAGGAUUUUUAAAAGCACUAAGUAUUGGUCUAGAUCUGGUCCUACUAUAGAACUGACACAUUCCCACUGUAAGGGUAUGUCUACACUUGCACCCUCUUUCGAUAGAGGGAUGCAAAUGAAGA